CAGGCACCGAGCCUAAGCCCGCUCCGAAUCACUGUGGACACAGCCAGAGCCCGCAAGCCGAGCUGCGCCAUGGAGGAACUGGUGGCCCUGGUCAUCGGGGCCAGUGCCGGGGCGAUUCUGCUACUGCUGCUGAUCGGGGUGAGCUGCUGUCUCUGGAAAAGGCUUUGUGUCACAUUCAUCUAUGAGGAGCUGCCAGGGACCACGACUGCCUCCGGCGUGCAGGGAGACAAGCUCUGCCCGCUGAGUGCCAGCACCCACACAAGCAGACAACCAGGCGCACCAUUUAUGGUGCCCCCUUCCCUGCAGGACCAAGAAUGGGUGCCCCUGCACCGUGGAGAGUGGGCCCGGGCUGCCCAGCAGCCCUGCACAGCUCCAGAGCGCCUGUGCCACACCUCCAGCGGCGGUAGCAGCAGCCUUGGAGAUGGCUGCGUGGUGGGGACCAUCAACCCAGUGCUGUACAAGUUCCCAGAGGACCAGAGUGAGAGCGACUUCCCAGAGGGCUGCCUGGGACGGCUGUGGUUCUCCGUGGAAUACCAGCGGGAAGCCGAGCGGCUGCUGGUGGGCCUGAUCAAGGCGCAGGGGCUGCAAGCCCCCAAGGAGGCCUGCAGUGCCCUCGUGAAGCUCCACCUGCUGCCGGAUGAGCGGCGCUUCCUCCAGUCCAGGACAAAACGCAGAACUGCCGACCCACAGUUCAAUGAGCACUUUGUCUUCCAGGUGCCCAGCAAGAGCAUCACACAGAGGGUGCUGCGGUUCUCAGUGUAUCACGUGCACAGACAGAGGAAGCACCAACUCCUGGGCCAUGUGCUGUUCCCCCUGAAGGAUGAGACGCUGGGAGGCAGCUGCCCGCGCAUCAUCUGGAGAGACCUGGAGGCUGAGCACCUGGAGGGAAAGCCCCCCUCAGAGUUUGGCGACCUGCAGUUCUGCCUCAGCUACAAUAGCUGCCUGAGCCGCCUCACCGUGAUUGUGCUGCGCGCCAGGGGCCUGCAACUGCAGGAGGACACAGGUUUUGUCGGUGUGUUUGUCAAGGUGUCUCUGAUGAAACAAAACAAGUUUGUCAAGUGCAAGAAGACUUCAGCUGUGCUGGGCUCCACCGACCCUGUGUUCAGUGAGACCUUCAGCUUCAAGGUGGACGCCGCUGAGCUGGACACUGUCAGCCUCAGUCUGAUGGUGCUGCAGGGUACAGAAGGGGAUGAGAGCCGCCAGCUGGGCCGGGUGGUGGUGGGCCCCUACAUGUUCGCCCGUGGCCGAGAGCUGGAGCACUGGAACGAGAUGCUCGGCAAGCCCAAGGAGCUGGUGAAGCGCUGGCAUGCACUUUGCUGCUCCACUGCGCUCUGAGUCUGGCCUGCGACCCCGUGGGGCCACUACAUGCUCUCUGCACAGUCACGCACAGCAGCCACAGGCUGGACGCUCCCUCCCUCAUCCCCUUGACCCAGGGGCACAUUGGUGCCACUGACGGCAGGAACAGAGAUGCAACAAGAGGCCGGGACCAGGCCAGGUCAGCAGGGCGGCUGUUCCAACCACAGCCCAACAGGCCCUCCUGAUUCACUCCGUCCUUCCUCACCUGUGACCCUGAGUCCUGCUACAUGGCCAUCACUGUCCCAAUCUGGACCCACACUUCAGACGUUCUGAAGAAAUGCCCUGUUUGGAGAGCGCCCAGCUGCGCGGGCUGACUGGCCGUGCGGGCUGCACUUGGGAAAGCGAAAGGCGUGUUGACCUAAACCCACACGGGUGUUCAGCUGAGGUUCUCCUGUCUCUAGCCUGACAGAGAGAGCAGAGUGCUGGGCCCUGCAGGCCUGCUGUCCACCGUGCUCCAUCGGUCCACGGUAAAUAGCAGCCUGAGUGGUGGGCUCCGCCUAUAGGUUGGAGCAGCCCCAGCAGGCCUGGGCAGCAGAGUGCCCACCGCUCUCAGGGAUUGCAACUUGCUGGCUUCGGCACCGCGCGAGAUGGCCAUGAGCGGCCCACCUCGCUCUGCUGCCUGUGCCAGGUGAGGAGUGCUGCACCUAGGGAGAUCAAAUCCAGCCACCCCAGGCACUGGGCGCUUCACCAGCUUCAGACCUGGCCCAGGGCCCACCCUUCCCAGAGUCCUCAUACGCCGGCUCUUACAGGUGUGCUGCCGCUGGGUUCUGUGGUCUCCCUGGUUCAAAGCCUGGGCUCUCACUUGGGACAGGAAAUGCAGGGGCCAUCGGGUAGCCAAAGUGCAGCCCCCAGGACAGAGCGCUCUUCCUAUAAACCUCAAAAUUCCACUAUUAUCACUGUUGCAGUAGGUGUCGGCGUGACAUUCACUAGGGUGGAAGUGCCCACUGGCCACCACCGGCAGCUCCCGGCGAAGCCUACUCGGGUAUCGGGGAGCUCUGUCGCAAGUCACUUGUUACUUAACAAGCAGUUUGUAUUUUGCCCCCUGGUGCUGUGGAACUUGCAGAGUCAGUGUGUUGGUACAUAACUAGAACAAAACUGUAAACCAGAAUCUUAAGCAAAAAAAGCAACUUCAGCAAGGGAAAGGAGUUAGCGCUCAUUUCGGCUUGUGCCUCUUUGCCUUCACUGCCAAUCUGCAAACAUACAAGCCCACGCUCUACCUGGCCCUGGUCUGUCUGGACAGAAUCAUCUGUACUUGCUUUUGCUCACUUAGUUCCUGUGCAGGUUUUCAAUGUAGUCCACACGGCACUCAUUUCUAAUAGCAUAAUGCACACAAUUGGAGUUUCCUAUGUGUUUGUACAGUAGGCUACUACAACGAAACUUUGCCCUUCCACCGGGAACCCUGAGGCAUCGCUGCCAGCCACCUCCACACUUCAAGGUGACCUUCAUGCCUAUCAGUGGCCUUUGCAGGGCCACUUGGAAAGUUGCUAAGCAUCACCAUUGCAGGACAGAGGGGACUGGUGUGUCUGACUCAAUAGCAAAAGGCUGGCAGACCCUGUGCGCUGAUGGGGAGGUCGUGGGGUUGUGUAUUAAGCCGGCUGCUGUCUACAGAUGUGGACAAGACAAAAAACAUACCAGUGCUUCCCAUGGGCACGGAGCACCAGCCCAAAUCCUGUCCACAAGGAGACCCCAGCUGAAAGAAGUCUUACACAUUUCCGUAAAGCAGUUCAGAACCCGCUUGUCAAUUUCCAUAACAAAAAAAGUUCUAGACUGUUAUUUUUGGGUGUAUAGGCCAGUUUGGAGUCACUUGACACUGUGACAAUCCUGAACCUUUGCCCCAUUAACGUGGUGUGUCCUUUGUUUAUGCCUCUCCUAAAUCUUAGAAUUCUUUCAGGAUACUUUUCAGCAAAGUAGCCUUGCGCAUCUUUCAUUAGAUUUAUUAAUAGUUAGCUGUUUCAUAUUUGUCUGUUGCUAGUAUAUAGAGAUUCUAUUGAUUUUGUAUGACAGUUUUAUUACUUCCCUUAUAAGCUUUAUGCCAAAUUGCCAUGGCUGGUCAACUGGACAAGAAAAAAAAUAAUAAAGUGUACUUAGAUUGUUAAGGAAGGAGUAAACUAUAUUUUUAGGUGAUAUGGUCUUACAAAUAGAAAAUUCUAAGGAAUCCACAAAAAAAAAUCUAUUAGCACUAAUAAACACACUUCAGGGGGGAUACUUUCAAUAUUCGCUAGUAUGAUGUUUGCUGUAGGACCUUUAAUAUACUCAUGAUCAGGUCAUGGAUUCUUAACUUGUUUUAAUUGGUUAAUUUUGCUUCCUAUAGAUGGAUUAUGCUAUUAGGCUUGUGCCCGUUUAAAACUGAUAUUUUUCUAGCAAAUUGAAUCUUUUGUCAUUAGAAGUGGUACACUCAACCACUCAUAAUGGCAUUUUUAAAAAUAAUUUACCCUACUUUUUUCAGCUUCUUUAUACUUAUGAUGUAUUUCUUGAACAUAGUUUUUUUAAUCAAGUCUCUCAACUUCUUUCAUUUAUAUUUACUUCAUUUACAUUUAAUAUAAUUACAUGUAUAAUUUCAUUCAUGUAUGCCAUCUUAUUUGUUUCCACCUUGCAUUUCCUUUUUUCUCCAAUGUUGCCUUCUUUUGGGUUAAAUCAUUUUCAUUUUAUUCUUUCUCUCCCCACCCAUGAGCUGCUACUUACAGCCAAUUAUUAUUUUAGUGGUCCCCUAGAGAUGAUAGUUGAUAUCCAUUAUUUAUUACAAUCUAAUACAAAUUUUGCUGUUUUUAAAUCACUCCCCACAUAAUACUGUGUUCUUAAAACACUAUUCUCUAUUUACCUCUAUCCCAAUUUCUUUGUAUUAUUAUUUUAUAGUUUUAAAUUCCACUUAUAUUUUACAUUUAAUAUUACUGUUAUUGCUAUACUCAGUAAAUAUUCACCUAUAUCCACCUACACAUUAAGUCUUACUUUUGCUUUUUUUUUUAAAAGAUUUAUUUAUUUAUUCAUACAGAACUGGGGUA